GCGGGCGGGUCCUCACCAGGUAAGAAGGGGAGCUGGACCCGACUGUCCGCGGCGCGGGGAGCCGGAGCCGCUCCCCGCCCCGGGGCCGCCGAGCUCCCGAAGGAACGUUCAUUCAUUGCCCUGCUGGACGGACGCAGGGCGCCACUGUUGGCCUGUGUGCCGCGGGCCCGAGGAGGUUCAGCCUGUCCCGACUCCAGUAACGCUGCCGUGUGGCCUGAUAAACAAACCGCCCGCUGACUUCCUCCCGACUGCCUGGUUCGCCCGCCGAACGGCGAAUCUGGUUUCUUCCAGGUGUUGACGUUGAGUAGGCCUCAUUAGCAUACGAAGAUGGCUGCUUGCGAAGACGCCGUCCCUUCCUUAGCCGAAUGUCAGUGCGGGAUCUGUAUGGAAAUCCUGCUGGAGCCGGUAACCCUCCCUUGCAACCACACGCUCUGUAACCCGUGCUUCCAAUCGACUGUUGAAAAGGCCAACCUGUGUUGUCCCUUCUGUCGCCGCCGGGUCUCUUCGUGGACUCGGUACCAUACCCGAAAAAAUUCUCUUGUCAAUACAAAACUGUGGGAGAUGAUUCAAAAACACUACGCAAAGGAAUGUAAGCUUAGGAUCUCUGGACAAGAAUCAAAGGAAAUCGUUGAUGACUACCAGCCAGUUCGUCUGUUAAGUAAACCUGGGGAGUUGAGAAGAGAAUAUGAAGAGGAGAUAAGCAAGGUGGAGGCUGAACGACAAGCCAGCAAAGAAGAAGAAAACAAAGCCAGUGAGGAAUACAUACAGAGAUUGUUGGCAGAGGAGGAGGAGGAGGAGAAAAGACAGACAGAAAAAAGGAGAAGCGAGAUGGAAGAGCAGCUGAAAGGCGAUGAGGAGCUGGCACGGAGGCUCAGCAUCAGUAUUAACAAUAACUACGAGAAAAAUACCUUGGCUUCUCCUUCGAGUUCCAGAAAGUCAGAUGCAGUCACAAACAAGUCACAAAAGAAAAAUACAAACAAACAAAAAAACUUUGGAGAUAUUCAAAAGUAUUUGUCACCUAAAAUGAAGUCUCGGUCAUGGCCAUGUGAAGCUGUACCUGGAGAGGAUAAAAGCGGCAUAUCUAAGGAAACUGACAGUAGUGACCCAAAGAGCCCUGUGUGGCAAGACACAGAAAUUGAAGAAGAUAUGCCAACACUUUCUCCGCAGAUAUGCCUAGAAACUCAAGAACAAGGUUCAGAGUCUUUGAGAGAAUCACCUGUGCCAUGGUUAUUUGCCAGGGAUGCCGAACAGUGCCUUGAAGGAACAGUUGAAACACUGUCAACCAAUCCUGAUGAUUUGUGUGUUGCAAAUCAUGAGGGACCUAAAGCCAAAGUUUCCUACUCUAACGAAGCUACAGUUAAUCCUUCUGGUAAAACAGAAAAUGAAGAGUGCGCUGGUGGUAACAGAGUUCCAGAAAGUAGAGUCUAUCAUCUAGUACUUGGAAAAGAGAUUUCUGAGAGAGAAAACCAAGAAUCUGUGUUGGAAGCAGUCAUGGAUCCAUGCUUUUCUGCAAAAAGGAGGAAAGUUUUCCUCAAAUCCUCAGAUCAAGAAGAAUCAGAAGGGAAUUUUACACAAAAACUGAUAGAUUUGGAACGUAUGCUUUUUGAGAGACAUAAGCAAGAAGAACAGGACCGGUUGUUAGCACUGCAACUUCAGAAGGAGGUGGAUAAAGAGCAAAUGAUGCUAAACCGACAGAAAGGGUCCCCAGAUCAGUACCAGUUGCGCACAUCUUCGCCCCCAGACAGGCUGCUGAAUAAACAGAGGAAGAAUUCCAGAGAUAGGAACUCCGGAAAGCAGACUAAUUCAGAGCGUUCGAAAUCUCAGAGGAGCACAAAAGAUGAAUAUUGGCAACCCUUUAAAAGCACUUGGAAGGAUUCAGUUAAUGGAAGAAAGAAGCCAGGUCCAGCUAAAGAUGAUUGUAGUAAUGCAUCCAAGAGCAUUUAUUCCCAGCAGCCUAGUAAUUCACAGAAAAGUAUUAUUCAGAUGUUUCAGAGAUAAA